AUGAAUUAUUAAAUUAAGGGGAACUUUAACUAUCACUUGGAAAUCUAGGCAGCAUAAUUAAAUGAAACCACAAAUAUCACGAUCAAUGCGUUCUCAUCAAAAAUUAACUAAAUCCCAUUAGGAUGCAAGUUUUAAUGGUUCAAGAAAUCAGAUAAUGAGCGCAUAAAGAUUGAGACUUAGGGCAAUAUUUAUCCUUGCAGCAUAUUCGAUAUUGGUUAUAAGAUUGAGGCAAUCGUACAGCCAUUCGAAUAAGGCUAUGAAGGUUAGGCUACUUAUAGAAUUCUAAAAAAUUCAAAUUUCUGCCUCAUUAGAAAAUAAACUCUCCCAAUUAUAUCACAAUAAUAUGAAAUCAAUUGUAAUGAUUAGAAUUGGAUAUUUUCAUUGGAGUAUUUAGAAAAUAGUACAACCUAAUAAAAGAUCUAAUAUUCAGAUUAAUGUAUUCUGUCGAAUUAGAAUCAACUUUAAGUUUAAUUUAACAAUCAAAUCAUGAAAUUUAAAUGCAAAGAUGACAAAGAUGCGUUCUGUGCUUUCUUUAUUUCAAUGUAAUCUUUGAGGAGAGUGCAUUUGAAAUUUAUAGCUUAUAACAUUGGGAAAUUGAAUUAGAAAUAAGUUAAUUUUUAAUCAUUACUGAAUGCUCAAUUAUUGCAAUUAAUAAAUGAGAAAUCAGUAAUGCCAAUUAAGAAGUUUGAACCCAUCCAAAAUAAUGUUAUGAUGGCCACAAGUUAGGACUUCAGAACCAACAAUCAAAUUUAAAUAACACAACUCAAAUAGGAAGUUGCACAACUUUAGAGUGAGAAACAAAAACUUUAGUAGUAAAUUGAUAAGCUAUUUAAGGAAAAUAAAGAAUUAGAAAUUAAUAGUAAAUCGAAUACGGCAUCAAGGGACUAAUUGGACAGUAUGGAUCGAUUGAUUCAAUCAUUGAAGAACGAAGUCUACUCUUUGAAAUAGAGAGAAACUGAUCUAAUGAAUUAGAAUGGCAGAUUGACGUUGGCUUUAAAUGAAAAGAAUGAUAAAUCCCUAUCUCAAUCUUAAUUCUUGGAUGAAAUGAAAGUGAAACAAUAUUAAGAUAUGUUGUUGGAGUGCAAUAACGAGAAAGUAAGGUUGUAAGAGGAAUUGAAUAAAUAUUAAAAGUUUGGUUCGUCUUCAAGAACUAGUUAAAAUAUUGAUGGAGAGAAGGAGAGGUUAUUAUAAGUGAAUUAGAAAUUGAUGUAAGAAAUAGCAACAUCCACAAAUAAGAUUAAAGAAUUAUAAUUGGAAUUAGAAAUGAUGAAAAAUAUGAGUAGAAUCAGCAUGUCUAUGUCUAUGAUUGAGGAUCCUGUUAUGAAAACUAAAAUUGAAUAAUUAGAGCAAGAGAAUCAAUACUUAUAAAAAAAAAUAUCUAUUUUAGAAGAGGAAUUGUCAAAGAAAAAACAACCAAAACCAUAAAAACAGUAGCCAGAUAGAGAUUUGCAAAUAUAGAAGUUAACUGAAGCUAAUAAACGUUAUUUGGAAGAAAACUUGAAGUUAUUUGAAGAGAUCAGAUAGUUAAGAGAGAAAUUUGAUUAUUCAUCUGUGUUACAGAAUUCAAUGAAGGAUUCAUAAAUAUAAGAAAAUGUUGUCAAUCAUUAAUUGGAGCAACAGAUUGAAAGAAUGCAAUAAAUACAUAAUUUAGAGAUUUAGAAGAUGAAAAAGAAAAUAGAAAAACUAACAAAUGAUUUGUAAGAUGCUAAUCAAGUUAAAAAAUAAUUUGAAUAAUUGAUAAAGUAAAAUAAGCGAUUGGUUGAAGAGAAUAUGCAUUUGACUGAACAAAUUAAGAAUUUAGCUGAUAUUAAUUUAUCUAAGUCUUUUUCUGAUAACAUGUUUAAUUCUAAAAUAUUCAACAGUGAUUAAUAUAAGGAAUUAGAAUAAUAAUUGGUUGUUCUUAAAAGGAAGAAUGAAGAAAUACAAUCUAAACUGGAUAUACAAUUGUAAAGAGAUACUUAACAAUAAGAUAAGAUCAAAUAAUUGGAGUAAGAAAUAGCAAAAUACAAAAAUUAAAUAAGAGAAAUAGAAUAUAAUAAUUCAGUAAGCAAUGAAGUUAAGCUCCUUUAAAAUUAAAUUGAUGACUACCAAAAAGCCAAAGAUAAUCUGAUGAGAGAGAACAUUCAAUUAAGAGAUGAUUAUGCUACUCUAUUGUAAGACAAAGAAUACCUAAAUGGAAAAAUUAAAUAACUAGAAAACUCUAUAUUUGAAUUAAAAUAAAAGUAGAUGUAAUUGCAAGAAGAAAAUAGAACACUUAAAUUGUUUCCAUAAAGUGCUGAGAGGCAAUUCAGUGUCUAAAUUCAACAAUUACAAUUAUAAAAUAAAAAUUUAACGGAAGAAAUAGUAAGGUUGCAAUCGCAAUAAAAUGCCUUUAAAGAUUUGAAUCAAAGUAACCUAUCAAUCAGUGAAAGUGUUUUAGGUUCAAAAAUCUAUGAUGCAAAAGAGUACAAAUUAUUAGAAAACUAGAAAGAGUUGUUAUUUACUGAAAACUAAUAAUUGAAAUUGGAAAUACGAUCAGAGUAUUAGAAGUCUGAAGAUCAAAUCAAAUUUUAAGAGCAAAUUAAAGCUCUUUAAAAUGAGAGGGAUAUUUUGAAUUAAUAAUUGAUAUCCAAUAAAGAAUAGCAUUCAAGAUAAAUAAUCACAUUACAAAACCAGAUUGAUAAGUUAAAUUAACAAUUAUAAAAUGUAUCUUUAAGUGAAAGUAGAUACAGAGUGAUUAUUAAUGAUAACAAAGUAGAUGAUUAUGCUUAGAAAUAAUAGGAUAUUUUGAGAUUGGAAAAUGAAAAUAAAUAGUUAAAUGUAUAGAUUUAAAAAUUAUAAUUGCAGUAUGACACUGAAAUUAGGAGAUAAUAGACUUAAUUAUCAGAUCUUUAAUUCGAAAACAAUAAACUCUCAAGAGAGGUCACCUAUUCUAAAUAGUAUUCUGAAUCAGUAGUAUUCAAUUAAACCGAAAAGAAAUAAUAUUCAAGUUAAGAAAGUGAAAUUGUGUAAUUGAAAAAUCAAUUAGCAGAUAAAACACAUUAAUUAAAGGUCAUCUAAACCAAUAGUCAAAAUUCUAUGGAAGAAUUAUAAUAAGUGAUUAGUAAAUUAGGAUUAGAAAAUAAAAAUAUGAAUGAAGUGCACAAUUCAAUCAAAUCUAGACUUGAAGCAUAGGUUAAUAAGUUAGUUGAAUAAUUAAGAGAGAAGGAUUAAAAUAUUAAUAAAAUAUAAGACGAAUUAAGAAGGAAGGAAUAAAUAGCCAAAUAACAAGAAGAUGAUUUAUUUAUAAAAUCAAAUUAAGUGGAACAAUUAAUACAGUAAAAUAAAGGACUAGCAUUACAACUAAAUAAUUUGAAUUUUGAAUUGUAGGAGUUAAGGAUGGCUAGUCUUUCUCAUUCAUUUUCUAAAUCUCAUAUUGAUGUUAGGGAGAACGAGAAUCAGGAACUAUAAAGUGAAAUAUAAAUACUAAGAAAUUAAAUUUAAACUCUUGAAUCAUAAUCAACUAAAUAAUUAGACAAUUCUAAACUGAUUAAAUUAGAAGAUGAAAUUGUACAUUACUAGAGAGAAAUUUCAUUGAUCAAAAAUAAAUUAUAAAUUACAUUGGAGGAUUCUGAGUUUUAUAAGAGAGAAUUUACAUAAAGUUAAUAACAAAUAGAAAAAAUGAGAAAGGAGCUAUCAUAAAAGUAAUCUGAAAAACUAUCUACUUAAGAAAAUGAAUUAGUUUAAAUAAAAAGAACUAAUUAAUAAUUAAUUUAAGAAAACUCUGAUCAGUCAAUUACCAUUUAAAAUUAACAAUAACAAAUAGAUGAAUUGUAAUAAGAUUUGAAUGAAUACAUUGAAAGUAAUCAAACAAUUACAAAAUUGAAGAUGUAAUUAUAGUUGGAAGGUGAAAAACUAUAAAGAGAAAACUAACAAUUGAUCAUUAAAAUACAAGAGUUAUCUAGUCAAAAAUAGAUGGGAAGAGAUUAAGAACUAAAUGAAUUAAUAAGAAAAUUAUAAUCAAUGGAAUAAGAUAAAGCUAAAUUAAUCAUUUCAUGUGAAUAAUAACAACAGCUUAUAGAUAAUUUAAAAAGUACUUUAGAGAUCUCAUAGAACAAAAAGGAUGAAUUUGAAAUUAAAUUGCACUCCACAGAACAAUACAAACAAGAAUUACAAAUAUCACUAAAAGAAUAGGAUCAAAAAAUCAAGCAACUCUAAUAAGAAAGUUAUUAUUUGAGUAAAGAACUUGAUACUGAAUAAUAAAAACAUACAACUCAGAAAAAGAAAGUUAAUGAGUUGACAGUUUAAAUUUAAAACAAAGAUAAUGAGUUAUAAUAAUAGAUUAAUAAACUUAAGAAUCUGGAAGAGUAAAUUUUGAAAAAGGAUCAAUAAAUUAGCACUUUAAAUAAUUAAAUAUCUUAAUUAAAAUAAGAAAAUAAUAAAUAUACAAAUGAAAUCAUUCCUAAAUUGAAUUAAUAAAUCGAUUAGGAAACCCUAGAGAAAAAUUAAUUGCAUAAAAGUUUAUAAGAGCAGUUUGUAUAAAUGGAAUAAUAAAUUCUCAGUAUGACUAGAGAAAAGUCCCCUCUUAAGUCAAAGUCUAAUUCAUAAUGCAAACCUUUCGAUCAGAGUUUAAAUGAAAAAAUAACCUAAUAAGAAUAAAUUAUUAAUUAAAAAAAUCAAAUAAUAGAGCAACAACUAGAAAAACUCAAAAUAUUGACUUAAUAGAAUAAUGGACUAUUACAUUAAAUUAAUAAGUUGAAUGAUGAUUUGAGAGAUCUAUAGGAUAAGUCGUUUUCUCUAGAUAGAAGUUCAGAAACUUAUCUAAUAAAUAAAAGCUUCAAUUCAAAAUACAAUGCAGACAAUGAUUUAAUUUUGUAACAUUAAUAUUAAUCCUAAGAUAUUUACGAAAGUGAUAGGAAAAGAUAAUCUUAAUAUUAAUAAUUUGAAUAAACCUUAUAAGAAAGUGUUCAAGAAAAUAAGAGUUUGAAAUUAGAAAUCGACUAGUUAAAGUAGUUUAUUCAAUAAUAAAAGAAUGAUUAUGAAAAGUAAAUUUAAAAUAUGUCUACUUCUAAUUCUCUUUAAAUAUAAGAAUUAAAUACCAAACUUGAAAAACUAAGUUAAGAAGAGAAAAAACAUUAAAAUAUGCCUUCUUAAAAUUUGAGAAAUGAAUAUUAAUAAUAAAUUGAUAGAUUGGAAGAAGAAUUGUUGAGAAAAUAAGGUGUUGAAUAAUCAAAUUAGAGAUUAAACAAUGAAAUUAAAAUAUAAAUAACCAAAGUGGUGGAAUUGUAGUAAUAGCUGGAAGGAUUGCGAUAAUAAAAUUAGUAAUUGAGUAACUAGAUUAAAGAACAAGAAGAAUUAAUCAGAAGUUUAUAAAAGAUGAAAAUUCAAAAUUCAGAUUCUUCUGAGGCAUAGAAAGAGGGAGAACUUAAUUAGCUUACGUAAUAAUUAUAAAAUGAAACUCUUAUACUCAAAGGAUAAAACUAAAAAUAUUAAUAAUAGAUAUCUGAAUAUUAAAGUAAGAUAGAGACUCUUGAAAACGAGAUCUAAAAAAAAUCUUAAUAAAUAUCACUUAAGGAUAGCUAAGUGAACUAGAAUAAUAGAAAAACAAAGAAGUUAGAAGAGUAGAUUUAGCUGUUAUAAGAUUAAUUGAAGGGUCAAGGAGGUUUGGUUACUUAAAAUAAGGAUGAGGUUAUUGUUCAAUUGUAAAAUGAACUAGAAUAAAAAAGAACAGAAAUGUUUGAAUUCUAAAAAUAAAUUAAAUAAUUAGAUGAAUAAAUUGAUAGAUUAACAAAAAGUAAUUCAGCAUUAAUGGAGGAGAAUUGUAGACUUAAUGACUAAUUGAAGGACAACUUAAAUGUAAGUUAUCUCAGUAAUGAUUCACAAAAUCAUUGA